AUGAACAGAGACGACACUUUUGCAAAGAGACCCAGGGAUGAUGCUAAAGCAUCAGAGAAGAGAAGCAAGGCCUUUGAUGAUAUUGCCGAAUACUUCUCUAAGGAAGAGUGGGAAAAGAUGAAAUACUCGGAGAAAAUCAGCUGUGUGCAUUUGAAGAGAAAGUAUGAGGCCAUGACUAAACUAGGUUUCAACGUUGCCCUCCCACCUUUCAUGCGUAAUAAACAGACCACAGACUCUCAGAGGAAUGAUUCUGAUAAUGACCGUAACCGUGGGAAUGAGGUUGAAUGUCCUCAGAUGACUUCUGGCAGCCUCCAGAGAAACAUCCCGAAGGAAGGACCAGCUGGCCUCCGCUCUGUUACCGGGGCCACUCCCAUGGCUUAG